AUGGGAGUUGAUAUCCGCCACAACAAGGACCGAAAGUUUCGUCGCAAAGAACCCAAGAGCCAGGACAUCUACCUGAGCCUCCUGGUCAAGCUAUACAGGUUUCUGGCCCGGUGGACCAACUCCACCUUCAACCAGAUCCGGAAGAUGAAGCUUCCUGGCCGAGAAAACAAGACAGCUGUGGUCGUGGGGACCAUGACGGAUGACAUGCGGGUGCAAGAGGUGCCCAAGCUGAAGGUGUGCGCCCUGCGAGUGAGCACUGUUUUCUCAGUCAUUCUAUGCGGCGCUUUGACAAACCAGGAUCUGCCCGUGAUCAAGUGUGUCUUGAUCAACCACCAGGACAACGAUUCGGCAGCAGGACUCUCCUCGUCACACCCCACGGAGUCCAGACCAGCAGAAGACCUCGGCUGCUCACCGAGGCCCAAGGGCACCGAGUCCAUCUACGUAGCAGCCAAGGUCGAGGUGGACGUGUCCGCCUCCUUCACCCUGCAGGUGGCGCUCAGCAUCCCUGGGAACAUCUCCUGCCUCUGGGUCUUCAAACACAGCCCCCUGCACUGCCAGCCAAACUUUGACUUAGAGAACAGGGGAAUUGUCUCUCUGGUCAUUUGGAAAAUGACCGAAAGCCAAGCCGGAGAAUACCUGUUGCUGAUCCACAGUGAAGCAGCCAACUACACCAUCUCCUUUACAGUGGGCCUGAGAAGCCGACUGCUUUUUCCAUUAAGAAGACCCUACUUCAGAUGGCUGGAGAGUCAAGACGCCCUGCUCUGCGUCUCAGAGGGGAUCCCAGAGCCAGUGGUGGAAUGGGUGUUCUGCGAAUCACAGAGUGACAGCUGCAAAGAGGAAGGUCCGGCUCUCGUGAGGAAGGAGGGGAAGAUACUCCACGAGUUAUUUGGAACACACAUGAGAUGCUGCGCGCAAAAUGAAUUCGGCAGGGAGUGUACCGAGCUGUUCACCGUAGAUCUAAACGCAAGUCCCCAGAGAGCACCACCCCAGAUCUUUCUUAAAGUCGGGGAGCCGCUGUGGAUCCGAUGCAGGGCUGUGCAUGUGGACUAUCGAUUCGAACUCAAAUGGGAACUCGGGAACAAGCCCCUGGCCGAGGGCAGCUUCUUUGAGAUGAGUUCCUAUUCUACAAACAGAACUAUGAUACGGCUUCUGUUUGCUUUUGUAUCAUCAGUGGGAAGAAACGACACUGGAUCCUACACUUGUUCCUCUUCGGAGCAUCCCAGUAAAUCAACUUUGGUUACCAUCGUAGACAAGGGGUUUAUAAACGGCUCCCAGUCCAGUGAAGGUCACGAAAUUGACCCGUACAAGAGGUUUUGUUUUUCGGUGCGGUUCCGAGCAUACCCACGGGCCCGAUGCACCUGGAGCUCUUCGAAGGAAUCCUUCCCCUGUGAGCAGAGAGCCCUGGAGGACGGCUACAGCGUAUCGAAGUUUUGCGACCACAGGCACCAGGCAGGAGAAUAUAUCUUCCAUGCUGAAAAUGAUGAUGCCCAGUUCACCAAAAGGUUCACGCUGCACAUACGAAGGAAACCUCAAGUGCUGGCCGAGGCCUCGUUGAGUCAGGCUUCCUGCUCUUCCGAUGGAUACCCACUCCCAUCCUGGACCUGGAAGAAGUGCUCCACACAGUCCCCCAACUGCACGGAAAACAUCACGGAAGGAGUCUGGAGUAAAAAGUUCCACAGGCGAGUGUUUGGACAGUGGGCGUCCAGCAGCACCCUCAACAUCAGCGAGGCGGUGAUGGGCUCCCUGGUCAAGUGCUGCGCCUACAACUCCAUGGGUUCCUCCUGUGAGAGCAUCCUCCUGAACCGGCCAGGGCCCUUCCCUUUCAUUCAGGACAACAUCUCCUUCUACAUCACCGUCGCGCUCUGCGUGCCCUUCAUUGCGGUCUUGACCGUGCUGCUGUAUCACAAGUACAGAAAGCAGUUUCGGUAUGAGAGCCAGUUGCAGAUGGUCCAGGUGACGGGCACCUUGGACAACGAGUACUUCUACAUCGACUUCCGAGAAUUCGAGUACGACCUCAAAUGGGAGUUCCCCAGAGAAAAUUUGGAGUUUGGGAAGGUGCUGGGAUCAGGUGCUUUCGGGAGAGUGAUGAAUGCAACGGCCUAUGGGAUUAGUAAAACGGGAGUCUCCAUCCAAGUUGCUGUCAAAAUGCUGAAAGAAAAGGCGGACAGUACUGAAAAGGAGGCUCUCAUGUCAGAACUCAAGAUGAUGACUCACCUGGGAAGCCACGAGAACAUCGUCAACCUGCUGGGGGCGUGCACGCUGUCAGGUCCGGUCUACCUGAUUUUUGAAUAUUGCUGCUAUGGCGACCUUCUCAACUAUCUCCGGAGUAAAAGAGAGAAAUUUCACCGGACCUGGACAGAGGUUUUUAAGGAUCACAACUUCAGUUUUUACCCCACGUUCCAGUCACAUCCGAAUCCCAGCAUACCUGGCUCCAGAGAAGUCCAAAUACAACAGGAUUUGGAUCAGGUCUCGGGGUUCAAUGGAAAUCCAUUUCCUUCCGAAGAUGAGGUUGAAUACGAAAACCAGAAAAGGCUGGAAGAAGAGGAAGGCUUGAACGUGCUCACCUUUGAGGAUCUUCUCUGCUUUGCAUAUCAAGUUGCCAAAGGGAUGGAGUUUCUGGAGAUCAAGUCGUGCGUCCACAGAGACCUGGCGGCCAGGAAUGUACUGGUGACCCAUGGGAAAGUGGUGAAGAUAUGUGAUUUUGGAUUGGCCCGGGACAUAAUGAACGACUCCAACUAUGUCGUCCGGGGCAACGCCCGGUUGCCCGUGAAGUGGAUGGCUCCUGAAAGCUUGUUUGAAGGCAUCUACACCAUUAAGAGCGAUGUCUGGUCCUACGGAAUUUUACUCUGGGAAAUAUUCUCUCUUGGUGUGAACCCGUACCCCGGCACCCCUGUGGAUGCAAAUUUCUAUAAACUCAUUCAGAGCGGGUUCAAAAUGGACCAGCCGUUUUACGCCACAGAAGAAAUAUACUUCAUCAUGCAGUCCUGCUGGGCUUUCGACUCCAGGAAGCGCCCGUCCUUCCCCAACCUGACGUCGUUCCUCGGCUGUCAGCUGGCCGACGCGGAAGAGGCGAUGUAUCAGAACCUGCAUGGUCAGAGCCGGGAGCGCACUUCCAUCUACCAGAACCGGCGACCUGGCGGUCCAGAAAUGGACUCAGGGGCUCCCUCUCCAGCAGUGCAGGCAGAAGACUCGUAGAGACAAGCAACAGUCCAACAAAUCCAUCUCAGUGAGCUUCUCCCCCGCCUCCCGUAAACCGGCUGUAGAUGACCAACACGAGGUUAAGUUCAUCACUCAAGAAAAUAUGUUAUCAACUGCUGCUUUUCUGGACCUUUCUCUCGGGGCUGUCUUCUUUCCUCUUGUUCCCAAAGGGACUUUUCUAGAACCGGGCCAAGGUCAUCCUUGAGGCAGGAAGAGCUGGCGAUCAACUCUUCGUAGAGCAUUGACGUCCAAGGGCUCCUGGCGCCGACCGCGUGACUGCCAUAGGCCGGAAGUCGACUCUGUUUCAUGUAAAUACCUAAAGCGGAAGCAUUUUGCUAAGAAGCUAAUAUGAUUUUCUAAAUCUAUGUUUUAAAACAAUAUGUAUCUUUUUUCAGCUAUUUAGUGAUCUAUUUUAUGGAUGGGAAUAAAGUUUCUACUCUAGAAA